ACUCUCUCUCUGACAUAAUUAACCACCCCUAUUCACUUUCACUCCCUCCUCUCUCUCUCUUUCUCUCUCUCUCUCUCUCCUCUACGAAACCUGUAGCCACCAUCUCCACCUCCUCUCUUCAUUGAUUUUUUCAUUAACAGAAUGAAUAAAUCAUUACCAAGAGUCCAAGAAUAGAGGCACGGAGGCGUGGAGCUGCGGUGGCUUUGGGGAGCUCCAGUGGAGGUGUGGAGCAGAAGCGCGGGAGCUUGGUGAAGAGAGAAAAUAAAAGCUCCGGUCUAUUUUUUCAGUUCUGGGUUCGAAUGGGUUCGCUGAUGUCGAGUUUAGGAUUCGGGAAGGGAAAAAAAAAAGGAAGAAACCGCCUAGCUGCCCAGAACGCCCAGUCGGACGCCCAGAACGCCCAGUCAGACGCCCAGGCCGCCUAGGCGGCCACCCAAAUCCUAUCCGCCUAAGGACUCCGAUUUGCCACUACUCGCCUCGGUCUGCUGCCGCCCAGCGCCUCGGGGCCUGGGCGGUCGAGUUUUAGAACAUUGCUGAUGAGUUCCAAUACGGCGCUGUCGAGCUCAAGAGGAGCUAUAUCUGCCGAUUCAGCUGCUCCCAAGUGGUCCAAGAGGCCUAAAUAUUCAAGAUUUACUCAGCAGGAACUUCCAGCAUGCAAGCCAAUUCUCACUCCAAAUUGGGUAAUCUCAGCAUUCAUGCUCGUUGCAAUCAUUUUGAUAAACAUCGGAGUUGCUACCCUAUUUGCUUCCCGAGAUGUUGUUGAAAUUGUUGAUCGAUAUGAAGUUGAUUGCAUACCAGCGUCCUUUAGAAGUGUUAAGGUCAUAUACAUCCAGACCUCUAGAAAUAAAACAUGCAACAGAACUCUGAUGGUUCCCACAACUGGAGGGUCAGCCAACAUGCUAAAACCCAGUGGAACACUGGCAAUGGAAGAGCUAUCCUGA